AUGGCUUCUUCUUCUGUCAUCCACCCCAAAGAAAAGUAUGAUGUUUUUCUCAGUUUCAGAGGCGAGGAUACUCGCCAGACUUUUACCAGCCAUCUUCACGCUUCUUUGAUACGGAGGAAAGUGGAAACCUACAUAGACUACAGACUUGAGAGAGGAGAUGAAGUUGGACCCGCCCUUCGAAAAGCAAUCGAGGAAUCAAAGAUUUCCUUGAUCAUUUUCUCAAAAGACUAUGCUUCUUCCACAUGGUGCUUGGAUGAACUUGCUUAUAUACUGGAACGCAAGGAAACACAUGGACAACAUGUUAUACCUAUUUUUUACCAAAUAGAUCCAGCACAUGUACGCUACCAGGUAGGAAGUUAUAAGACUGCAUUUUCUGAACAUGAACGGAGGUUGAAGGACAAGACGGGAAAGGUGCCCAAGUGGAAGGAAGCUUUAGAAAAAGCAGCCAAUCUAUCUGGAUUUGAUUCAGCUUCAAGAACUGUUGGGCAUGAUUCUGAUUUAGUUGAGCAAGUUGUCAAAGAAGUGUUGGCUAAAUUGAAUCGUGAAUCGUCAAGCGAUUUAACUGGUUUGAUUGGAGUUGAAGGCCGCAUUAAGAAAAUUUUAUUGGAAUUAGACGUCAUCCCAGAAGAUGUUCGUGUUCGCUCAGUGGUUAUUUGGGGUAUGGGUGGUAUUGGCAAGACCACCCUUGCUGAUGCUGUAUUUCACGGACUCUCUUCUCAAUUUGAAGCUCACUGUUUUCUUGCAAAUGUUAGGGAACGAUCAGGUACCAAAGGAGCUUUCUCUCCUGAGCUGUAUCUUUUGCGAGAUGAACUUCUUAGACAAUUACUAGGAGACAAGAGUUUAACUAUCCAUACUCGAACUAUAGGUGCCGUUGACAAAGAGAGGCUCCGCCGUACGAAAGUCCUUGUUGUUCUUGACGACGUGAACCAUUCAAGCCAAUUAACAUUUUUAGUUGGAGAAGUUCCAUUUGGCCCAGGAAGUAGAAUAAUUAUAACAACUCGAGAUAUGCAACCAGUUAGGAAGACUCUAGAAGUGAAGGACGUAGCUGACCAUGAUGUGAAGACAUACAAGGUGGAGGAAUUAAAUGGUGUUGAAUCUCUUCAGCUUUUCCAUUUAAAUGCUCCCACACAUUUUACAGAAACUCCAGAAUUUUUAGAGAAGGUGGGAGAUCAUGCUGCAGGAAUUCCGUUAGCCCUUAACAUUUUGCGUUCACUAUUGAUAGCCAUGGCCUUAGAGAAGAGCUAG